AUGAUGCCCUCUCAUUUUGAUAUCAAUGAGGUGGUGGCCUGUGAUACUCACGAGCCGUGUCUGGGGUACGACAUUCUGUCGCCAGUACCAUUUGUGGUCAACCCAAUGUACUCCCCUCAAGAGGAAGAAGAUGACUGUGAUGAAUUUCCAGACAUACCCCAAUCCCUAGACCAUAUCACACAGCAGCAGCAACAGCAGCAACAACCACAAUUAGCAGUGCCACAACGCUCGUUCAGCGACGUGUUGAACGGCCCACAGUAUGAUUUUUCGCUCUUCCCGCCAGACCAAAGCUUCCCCGAUGUCAACUCUUCUGCUCCUUAUGUUGAGCCCCGAAGAGUGUCUCUUCCAGCGCGCAACCAGACGGGAAACAUCAGCAAGCCCAACGUGGCCACCAACAUUGCCAAUACCGACUAUUCUGUGUUUGUUCAGCAACUGAUGGCUGGUUCCAACACCAUGAACAACAACAUGAACUACAUCCCUACCACCGUGAUCAAGGAGGAACAGCACGCGUUCGGCAACUAUUCGUUCGACUUCACCCAGGGCCAAAUGCAGACACAGUUGCAACCGCAGCAGCACUCCACACAGCUAUUGACACAGAGCAUUGAUAUCCCUCUACCCGAUGUGAACCUGUCAAUCACCCCUCCCCAACCGUCCACGACCCCACUGCCGGCGACCGUGACCAUCAAGGAGGAGCACGAACCACCGAAUGUAUCUGCCAAGCCUGAGGUUGUCCCAGAGGUCGAGGAACCCGUGGAGGUGGACUUCAACGGCCGAAAGCACAGAAAGUGGAGAAACCGAAAGUACAAGUGCAAGCACUGCGACGAGAUUUUCUACGACAAGAACCUGGAGGAGUUUGCAGCACACAUCCAGAAGGUGGAGAAGGAGACGGGCACCACCGAAGUCGCCGGACGACACUACAAGUGCGAGUCGCCUGACUGUCUGUGGCACAUUAUCGGCUUUGUUCGAAAGCUGGAGGCCCAGAAGCAUUACGACCGACGCCAUGGACACCCCAAGUUCCAAUGCCGGUUCUGGUGUGAGGGAGACAUGGAAAAGUUCCCUGGAAGCAAGACUUGUUCCACGCGAUGGCAUGUGGACAGUGGAAACCGGGCUCGACACGAGCGUGCGGUCCACGGCCAGGUUUUUGAGCAGUCCAAGUUCUCUUCUUAG